GGCGUGACUAAAGCGUUAAACCCGUAUCCUCAACGACAUCUGCUACCGAUCUCUUUCUCCCCCAAAUCUUUCUCGAUGAAGACCUUGAAUCCCUCGAAUCAAGCCCUAAUUUCUGCUAAUUUCAGCUCCAGAUCUGUUUCCGCUACUGGAUUUUCUCUACCGUGCCUUAAAUCUCAGGUGCUAUGUCAACGCCGGAAACUGACGGUGGUUAAGGCUUCUGUUGCCGUUGAGCAACAGACGCAGACGAAGGUCGCGCUUAUCCGAAUUGGCACCAGAGGAAGCCCAUUAGCCCUUGCACAAGCUUAUGAGACACGUGAUAAACUCAUGGCUACUAGUAGCGAGUUGGCAGAAGAGGGGGCUAUUCAGAUUGUGGUGAUUAAAACAACAGGUGAUAAAAUAUUGAGUCAACCUCUUGCAGAUAUUGGUGGGAAGGGUUUGUUCACUAAAGAAAUAGAUGAGGCGCUUCUAAAUAGUGAAAUCGACAUUGCUGUUCAUUCAAUGAAAGAUGUUCCUACUUAUUUGCCCGAGAAAACUAUUUUGCCCUGCAAUCUUCCUCGUGAGGACGUCCGUGAUGCUUUUAUUUCAUUGAAUGCAAGUUCAUUAGCUGAUCUUCCAGCUGGAAGUGUUGUUGGUACUGCAUCACUCCGAAGGAAGUCUCAACUACUUAACAGAUAUCCAUCACUUUCUGUGCUGGAAAAUUUUCGAGGCAACGUGCAGACUAGGUUAAAGAAACUAAAUGAAGGGGUCGUCCAAGCUACAUUAUUAGCAUUAGCUGGACUCAAACGCUUAAGUAUGACUGAGCAUGUGAGUGCCAUUCUUUCUAUCGACGACAUGCUUCCAGCUGUUGCACAAGGUGCAAUUGGGAUAGCUUGUCGAAGUGAUGACGAUAAGAUGGCUAAUUACAUAGCAAAGUUGAACCAUGAAGAAACAAGAUUAGCAGUUGCAUGUGAGAGGGCAUUCCUAUUGACACUUGAUGGAUCUUGUAGGACACCCAUAGCUGGAUAUGCUUGUAGAGAUGAGGAUGGUAAUUGCCUCUUUAGAGGGUUGGUGGCCUCACCAGAUGGAACUAAAGUACUGGAAACUUCUAGAAAAGGAGCGUAUGCUUAUGACGAUAUGAUUCUGAUGGGGGAGGAUGCCGGCAAGGAACUACUGUCACGUGCGGGUCCUGGUUUUUUUGAUAGUUGAGGUCUUCGAAUGCGGGAUUGUUAGCUUCUUUCUGGUGAGUUGUUUCGAUUUGUUUUUACAGACAACCACGUAGAUUAUGUAGAUUUCUUGUAUCAUUCGUGUAAUGUAAGAAUAGCAUUCCCAGAUUAGUUCCCAAGAUUCCUGAAUAAGUAUUCUUUAAAGGCAAUCAUAACCAGUUUUUUGUGCCU